GGGUUUGCGCCGCAGAGCUGGGACGGCCUUCGGCUUCCCUGGAGCCUCCCCACUGGUGUCGAAGAGGCGAGCCUGGCCCCCUCUGUCCUCACCCCAGCCUUCACUGAGGAACCUCCCAGGCCCAGGCUGCCUCUCGCCCCUAGGAUCCCUGUCCCCUCAGCUGUCCCUCCGUCAGGGGCCAUUCCAGCCCCCCUUCCCACCUCCACUUCGCCGACCUCGAUCCCUGCGGGAGCCCCUGGCCCAGCACAGAGCUUCUGGGCACCUGGGCCCACCCCACUUGCCAGCGCCAGCGCUGGGUUCACCCGGCCUGCCCUUGCGACCCUCUCUGCUGGGCCACCGUCCAAGGCAGCUAUCCCUCAACUUACCCUCGCGCUUCCCGCACACGUGGCGGCGCCUCAGCGAACCACCCACCCGUGCAGUAAAGCCUCGCGUGCUCCAGCCCUUCCACCGGUCUCCCAGUGCAGGCUCUUGGAGAGUGGCUGCCAGGCUCCCAGAGCACAAGGAGAGCCAACAGGAACCUGAGGAUUCUGACACACUCUGGACUGUGCCCCCACUGGGCCCCAGCUGGGAUGUGGGUGUGCCUCCCACCCAGCGCCCACCCUCCCCCUGGCCUGGAGGUGUGGGUAGCCUUCGUGGCUUUUCCAGGGCAUCCCGGCUGCCCAAGGAUCCCUUCCUUCAGCACGUGGGCUCCCUGCCAUCCCCUGCUCCCCAGCCUGAGGACCCGACCUCCGACUCAACCAGUGUCUUCUUGGGCAGAUACCAGGACCCAGGGCCUGGACAGCUUAACAAAUCAGCCUGCUCAAUUCCUGAGCAUCCUGAAGAAGCUACCCGGAUAGACCCUCAGGCACCAACAGAUCCUGGGACUUGGAUCCCAACAUCUCCCAAGGAUGUGGCCCCAGAGAAGAAGGUGUUAAAGCUCAGCCUCUCAUACCCACUGGCCACAUGUGACCAGGCAAGGGCCACAUGGCCACCAUGGCGCCGCUGGAAGACACUGUCCAGAGCUCCAGCCCCCUUGGCACCCACUGGGCCCCCAGGGCCCCUCCCCAAGGUGGGUGAGCAGCUUCAGGCUCGCCCUGGGCGUUUUGCAGUGGUCAUGCCUCAGGUGCGAAAAUUGACUUCUUUCCAGCGAGCUGGGCCUGCCACCCUGAAGACCCCAGAACAGUCAGCCCCAGAACCUGAGCAUGGUCCAGAGCCCCGAGCCUACAACUUUCAGUGGCCUCACCUCUGGCUGCAGGCAAAUGCCCACCUGCCCUGGCCACAAAUACACACCUGUCAUCAGUCUCACCUCCUGGGCCCUGGAGCUGGCUGCCUGUCCCUCAGGGGCCCCUGGGAAGAUGUUGGCCCCAAAACCUGGCCGAACAAGAUGCACUCCAUCCGAAACCUGCCUUCUAUGCGGAGCCAUGAGCAGCCUAGGGAAGACGGUGUGGAGGAUAUGACGCAGCUGGAAGACCUGCAGGAGACCACUGUGCUGUCCAAUCUCAAAACCAGAUUUGAACGGAACCUCAUCUAUACGUACAUCGGCAGCAUCUUGGUGUCCGUGAACCCAUACCAAAUGUUCGGGAUCUAUGGGCCGGAGCAGGUGCAGCAGUACAGCGGGAGGGCCCUGGGAGAUAAUCCACCACACCUCUUUGCGAUUGCUAAUCUCGCCUUCACCAAAAUGCUUGAUGCCAAGCAGAACCAAUGCAUAAUCAUCAGUGGAGAGAGCGGCUCUGGCAAAACCGAGGCCACCAAGCUGAUUCUGCGCUACCUGGCUGCCAUGAACCAGAAGCGGGAUGUCAUGCAGCAGAUAAAGAUCCUGGAAGCAACACCCCUCUUGGAGUCCUUCGGCAACGCCAAAACUGUCAGGAAUGACAACUCCAGCCGCUUCGGGAAGUUCAUGGAGAUCUUUCUAGAAGGGGGCGUGAUCUCUGGUGCCAUAACCUCCCAGUACCUGCUGGAGAAAUCCCGGAUUGUGUUUCAGGCCAAAAAUGAGAGGAAUUACCACAUUUUCUAUGAGCUCUUGGCGGGGCUGCCAGCUCAACUGCAGCAGGCCUUCAGCCUUCAGGAAGCUGAGACAUACUACUACCUGAACCAGGGUGGGAACUGUGAGAUCGCAGGGAAGAGCGAUGCUGAUGACUUCCACCGGCUCCUGGCUGCCAUGGAGGUGCUGGGCUUCAGCAGCGAGGACCAAGACAGCAUCUUCCGCAUCCUGGCCUCCAUCCUCCACCUGGGCAAUGUGUACUUUGAGAAGUAUGAGACAGAUGCACAGGAGGUGGCCUCGGUGGUGAGUGCCCGGGAGAUCCAGGCUGUGGCUGAGCUGCUGCAGAUCUCCCCUGAGGGCCUGCAGAAAGCCAUCACCUUCAAAGUGACCGAGACAAUGAGAGAGAAAAUCUUCACACCCCUGACUGUGGAGAGUGCUGUGGAUGCCAGGGAUGCCAUCGCCAAGGUCUUGUACGCGCUGCUGUUUGGCUGGCUGAUUGCCAGGGUCAAUGCACUGGUAUCUCCACAGCAGGACACACUGUCCAUUGCCAUCCUGGACAUCUAUGGCUUUGAGGACCUGAGUUUCAACAGCUUUGAGCAGCUGUGCAUUAACUACGCCAAUGAGAACCUCCAGUACCUUUUUAACAAGAUCAUCUUCCAAGAGGAGCAGGAGGAGUAUAUCCGUGAGCAGAUUGACUGGCGGGAGAUCACCUUUGCUGACAAUCAGCCCUGCAUCAACCUCAUUUCACUAAGGCCCUACGGCAUCCUGCGUAUCCUUGACGACCAGUGCUGCUUUCCCCAGGCCACAGACCACACAUUCCUGCAGAAGUGCCACUACCACCAUGGCACCAACCCACUGUACUCCAAACCUAAGAUGCCACUACCUGAGUUCACCAUCAAGCACUAUGCAGGCAAGGUCACCUACCAGGUGCACAAGUUCUUAGAUAAGAACCAUGACCAGGUGCGCCAGGAUGUGCUGGACCUGUUUGUGCAGAGUCGGACAAGGGUGGUGGCACACCUCUUCUCCAGCCAUGCCCUGCAGGCUUCCCCUCAGCGUCUGGGCAAGAGCAGCUCCAUGACCCGACUCCACAAGGCACACACAGUGGCCGCCAAGUUCCAGCAGUCACUCUUGGAUCUGGUGGAAAAGAUGGAGAGGUGUGACCCCUUGUUUGUGCGUUGCCUGAAGCCCAACCACAAGAAGGAGCCGAGUCUCUUUGAGCCAGAUGUGGUGAUGGCCCAGCUACGCUAUUCGGGGGUUCUGGAGACUGUGCGGAUCCGCAAGGAGGGCUUCCCAGUACGCCUCCCCUUCCAGAUGUUCAUUGACAGGUACCGCUGCCUGGUGGCCCUCAAGCACGACCUGCCAGCUAAUGGAGACAUGUGUGUGUCCGUGCUGAACCGCCUGUGCACAGUCGUGCCGAACAUGUAUCGUGUUGGGGUCAGCAAGCUGUUCCUUAAGGAGCAUCUGCACCAGCUGCUGGAAAGCAUGCGGGAGCACAUCCUGAACCUGGCAGCCCUCACAUUGCAACGCUGCCUCCGUGGCUUCUUCAUCCAGCGGCGCUUCCACUCCCUGCGCCGAAAGAUCAUCCUACUGCAGAGCCGGGCUCGAGGCUACCUUGCCAGGCAACGCUACCAGCAGAUGCGCAGGAGUCUGGUGAAGUUCCGAGCCCUGGUGCACACAUAUGUAGAACGCCGGCGCUACUUCAAGCUGAGGGCAGAACGCAGGCGCCGGGUGGAGGAGGUGCGGCUGCGGGAGCAGGAGGAGCUGAGCAAGCGUGAAGUGGUGGCUGUGGGACACCUGGAGGUCCCACCUGAGCUGGCUGGGCUCUUGCAAGAAAUGGCAGGCCUCAGGCUGCCCAAAGCUCCUCAAGUGGCCCCUGUGCGGACGCCCCGGCUCCAGACUGAACCCCGAGUCACACUGCCCCUAGAUAUCAACAACUACCCCAUGGCCAAGUUUGUCCGAUGCCACUUCAAGGAGCCUACCUUUGGGAUGCUGACAGCCCCCUUGAGGACACCCCUCACACGGCUGCCAGCUGAGCACCAUGCAGAGGCUGUGAGCAUCUUCAAGCUGGUCCUGCGUUUCAUGGGUGACCCCCAUCUGCACGGUGCCCAGGAGAACGUCUUUGGGAACUACAUCGCGCAAAAGGGGCUGGUGGCGCCUGAGCUGCGGGAUGAGAUCCUAGCGCAGCUGGCCAACCAGGUGUGGCACAAUCACAAUGCUCACAAUGCUGCACGUGGCUGGCUGCUGCUGGCCACCUGCCUCAGCAGCUUUGCACCAUCUUCGCGCCUUGACAAGUUCCUCCUGAAGUUUGUGUCUGAUUAUGGGCGGAAUGGCUUCCAGGCAGUGUGUCAGCACCGUCUCAUGCAGGCCAUGGGCCAGGCCCAACAGCAAGGCUCUGGGGCCGCCCGCACUUUUCCCCCGACCCAGCUUGAGUGGAUCACCACCCUCCGGAAGGCCAGCAUGGCACUGGAUGUGAGCUGCUUCAAUGGUGACCAGUUCUCCUGCCCAGUGCACUCCUGGAGCACGGGGGAAGAGAUGGCCGGAGACAUUCUGAGGCACAGGGGGCUGACUGAUGGCUGGCGAGGCUGGACAGUAGUCAUGAAGAAUGGUGUCCAGUGGGCAGAGCUGGCUGGCCACGACUACGUGCUGGAUCUGGUGUCAGACCUGGAGCUCCCCAGGAGCUUCCCACGGCAGAAGUCCUACUUCAUUGUGGGUGCAGAAGGGCCGGUGGCCAGCAGGGGAGGCCCCAGAGUGCUAUUUGGGAACAGCUGGGACUCAGAUGAGGACACGCCCAUUAAACCUCAGCCCGAGGGCCACACUUCCGAAGUGCCUGACUCCGAGGGGUACUGCAGCCACAAUGAGGACAGUACAAGCAGGGAGCCUGAGGCCCAGAGAGGGACAGCAACCCGUCGAGAUCUGGACAGCCUUGGAGAGUCCACUGUGCCCCCCAAGGGGUUGGACUGCUACCUGGACAGCCUCUUCAACCCUGUGUUAUCCUACGGGGAUGUGGACCUGGAGAAGCCUACAGCCAUUGCCUACCGCAUGAAAGGGGGAGGCCAGCCUGAUGAAGCUGGAAGUAGCAGUACUGAAGACCCCCUCAAGAAAGGCCCAGAACCAAAGCUAAAGCCAAUCCCUGGCCUGGACACCUCCACACUGGCUCUGCAGCAAGCCUUCAUCCACAAACAGGCCGUGCUCCUGGCCCGGGAGAUGACCCUGCAGGCCAUGGUGCUCCAGCAGCCACCUCUGAGUCCUUCCCUGAGACCCUUGCCCCCAGAGAAACCCAUAGCACCAGAGGCAUGGCCGAAGUGUGUAGGCACUGGUCCCCCUGCCAAACCUGUGCUCCUGCGCUCCUCUCCAAGGCCUAUGGCUCCAGCCUUCCUGGCCAAGGCCCCAAGGCCCCCCACCAAGCCUGUGGCUGCCCCCAUUCUAGCUCAGGACCAGGCUUCACCAGAAAAGAUGUCAUCCUCCCCAGAGCUGGUCCGGUACUCCACACUCAACUCGGAACACUUUCCACAACCUACUCAGCAGAUCAGGGAGAUCAUCAGGCAGUACCAGCAGCCACUCCGGGGGUGUCGCCCUGAGGCGCUCAGGAAAGAUGGAGGGAAAGUGUUCAUGAAGCGACCUGACCCUCACGAGGAGGCCCUGAUGCUCCUGAAGGGACAGAUGGCUCACCUGCCAGCAGCACCUGGCACUCAGGUGUCCAGAGAGGCUGUGGCCCUGGUGAAGCCAGUGACCAGUGCAACAAAGACAUCUAGGGUGCCCACUUCAGCACUGCCUUUGAGAUUACUGGAGCCCCCUGAGGAACCUGUGCAGACACGGCUGCAUCGCCUCAUCAACCCCGACUUCUAUGGCUACCAAAAUGCCCCCUGGCGGAUCUUCCUUCGCAAAGAGGUGUUUUACCCCAAGGACAACUACAGCCACCCCGUGCAGCUGGACCUCCUGUUCAGGCAGAUCCUGCACGACACACUGUCAGAGGCCUGCCUGCGCAUCUCCCAGGAUGAGAGGCUCAGGAUGAAGGCCCUCUUUGCCCAGAACCAGCUGGAUACACAGCAGCCUCUGGUAACAGAGAGUAUGAAGCAGGCUGUGGUCGACACUGCCCGAGACAGCUGGGAGGUCUACUUCUCUCGUCUCUUUCCUGCCACGGGGAGCGUAGGAACUGGCGUGCAGAUCCUAGCUGUGUCCCACACGGGCAUCAAACUCCUGCGGAUGGUCAAGAGCAGCCAGGAGACCAGUGGACAGCUGCAUGUCCUGCGUGCAUACAGCUUUGCAGACAUCUUGUUUGUGACCAUGCCCUCACACAACAUGCUGGAGUUCAACUUGGCCAGCGAGAAGGUCAUCCUCUUCUCAGCCCGAGCUCACCAGGUCAAGACCCUGGUGGACGACUUCAUUCUGGAGCUGAAGAAGGACUCUGACUACGUGGUUGCCGUGAGGAACUUCCUGCCUGAGGACCCAGCACUGCUGGCCUUCCACAAGGGUGACAUCAUUCACCUGCAGCCUCUGCAACCACCUCGAGCAGGAUACAGUGCCGGCUGUGUGGUCCGCAAGAAGGUGGUAUACUUGGAGGAGCUACAACGCAGAGGCCCUGACUUUGGCUGGCGAUUUGGGACCGUCCAUGGGCGUGUGGGCCGCUUCCCUUCUGAGCUAGUGCAGCCUGCCGCUGCCCCUGACUUCCUGCAGCUACCAUCUGAGCCAGGACGGGGCCGAGCUGCAGCUGUGGCUGCUGCUGUGGCCUCUACAGCUGCUGCACAGGAGGUGGGCCGCAGGAGAGAGGGUCCCCCAGUCAGGGCCCAUUCUGCUGACCGUGGAGAGGAUGUCCUGGAAUUUUCACCAUAUUCAAUGCUUGAGUUUGCCCAGAAGUAUUUCCGAGAUCCUCAGAGGCGGCUCCAGGAUGGCCUCAAGCCGAAAUGCAAGGAGGGCCGAGAGUCCAGAACCUUGGAGGACAUGAUUUGCUUCACUAAGACCCCGAUCCAAGAAUCCCUUAUUGAGCUCAGUGAUAGCAACCUCAACAGGAUGGCCACAGACAUGUUCCUAGCUGUGAUGAGGUUCAUGGGAGAUGCCCCACUGAAGGGCCAGAGCGAACUGGAUGUACUCUGCACCCUCCUGAAGCUUUGUGAGGACCAUGAGGUCAUGCAAGAUGAGUGUUACUGCCAAAUUGUGAGGCAGAUCACAGAUAAUACCAGCUCCAAGAAAGACAGCUGCCAGCGAGGCUGGAGGCUGCUGUACAUAAUGGCUGCCUACCACAGCUGCUCGGAGGUCCUCCACCCACACCUCAUGCGUUUUCUCCAGCAUGUGAACAGGACCCCAGGCCUGCCCUUCCAGGGGAUUGCUAAGGCCUGUGAGCAGAAUCUGAAGAAGACCCUGCGCUUCGGGGGACGUCUGGAACUCCCCAGUAGCAUGGAGCUCCGGGCCAUGUUGGCAGGUCGCAGUUCCAAGAGGCAGCUUUUCCUUCUUCCUGGAGGCCUUGAACGUCAUUUAAAAAUCAAAACAUGCACUGUGGCCCUGGACGUGGUGGAGGAGAUCUGUGCUGAGAUGGCUCUGACACGCCCAGAGGUGUUCGAUGAGUAUGUGAUCUUCGUUGUUACCAACCGAGGCCAGCAUGUGUGCCCGCUCAGCCGCUGUGCCUACAUCCUGGAUGUGGCCUCAGAGAUGGAGCAGGUGGAUGUUGGCUUCAUGCUGUGGUUCCGGCGCAUACUCUGGGAUCAGCCGCUCAAGUUUGAGAAUGAGCUGUAUGUGACUAUGCACUACAACCAGGUGCUGCCUGACUACUUGAAGGGCCUUUUCAGCAGCGCACCAGCCGGCCGGCCCAGUGAGCAGCAGCUGCAGCAGGUGUCCAAGCUGGCCUCACUGCAGCACCGUGCCAGGGACCACCUCUACUUUCCCAGCGUGAGAGAGGUCCAGGAGUACAUCCCAGCCCAGCUGUACCGCACUAUGGCUGGCUCGGCUUGGCUCAACCUGAUUGGCCAGCACAGGCAGCAGAUGCAGGCACUCAGCCCCCACCAAGCCCGUGCCCAGUUCCUGGGCCUCCUCAGUGCCUUUCCUAUGUUUGGCUCCUCCUUCUUCUUCAUCCAGAGCUGCAGCAACAUUGCUGUGCCAGUCCCCUGCAUCCUAGCUGUCAACCACAAUGGCCUCAACUUCCUCAGCAUUGAGACCCAUGAGCUGAUGGUGAAGUUCUCUCUGAAGGAGAUCCAGUCUACACGGACCCAGCGACCCACAGCCAACUCUAGCUAUCCCUAUGUGGAGAUUGCGCUGGGAGAUGUGGUGGCCCAGCGCACCAUGCAGCUGCAGCUGGAGCAGGGUCUGGAGCUAUGUCGUGUGGUGGCUGUGCAUGUGGAGAACCUACUCAGUGCCCGGGAGAAACGGCUCACACUGCCCCCCAGUGAGAUCACCCUGCUCUGAUCUGGCGUCCAGCCCUCCAGAUGCCUUCUGCCAGAAGACUCCCUGAGUGGCCCCUGGACCUCUUUGAGCCAGUGACCCCCAAAAGGGGCAAAGAGGAAAGCACAGGAGGAAGGAGGAGCAACCCAUGAACCCAAGAGGAGAGAUCCAGAGUUGGGUUAGAGUCACAGCAUGCAGACUUGGGCCAGACAGCAAGAGAAACUGUCAAAGGCUGGCCCACAGUACAGGGGCUCAUGGGCCUCCUGCUGGGUGUCUGCCACAGACUCUGCUUCUGAUUCCCCUGUGGCAGGGAAGCCCCACAACAGCCUGUAUUUGGUUUACUCAGGGCCUGAUGCUUGAAUCUAUAUCAGCGUCACCUCCCAACCCCCCAAUGUCCUCCUCAGGUGUGUCUCACCCCAGACCUGUGACCCUUGGUCAUUUUUGUGCCUGGUAGCCUACUUCCUCUGUGAAGUUGCUAAGUAGCUGGACAACAAGCCGAGGUAGGAGGCAGGAAUUGGAGGCAAAGCUGUGCCCCAUUCACUGUCUAUGAUCAGCACAUCAAGAGAGACAUCUGCCUUUGUUCUCCUUGUAUGUCUGUCCCUCUACUCUGCACUCCUUGGGUAGCCCCAACCCCAUAACCUCACCACUGAAUGAGCCACACAAGGUUCAAGAGAUUGAUCCCCGGUACCAAAACAAGGAGGGUGUAUAAUGGAAAAAGAGAAGUUUGGAAAAGAACUUCCCAGAGAAUGGUGCCCUAGGGUUGAGUUUUGAAGGAUGCCUAGGAGGGUUUUGUUUAGUUUUGUUUUUUUGGUGCUGGGGAUCAAACUCAGGACCUUGCGCUUAUGAGGCAGGUGGUAGCACCACUGAGCUAAAUCCCUGGCCAGCCUAGGAGUUUCUUAAGAAUAGACUGAGGGGGGAAAAAAAAAAGAUGGAAAGGAUAGGAAUAAAUAUUCCAAACAGAAAACUGUUUCUUUGCUGUAUCCCCUGGAGCUUUGGA